UGUCCUUCCUCUUUCCAGCCUACCGAAUGCAGAUGAUGAUUCUUCUUGCAUUCUCUUUCCCCUAAUAUCCCAGGCAAAUUCAUUAUGUGAAAAUUUUCUUCCAUUUUCUCUUCAAAUCGCAUCUAUUUGAUCCAUAUUUCAGAUUCCAGAUCGUAGAAAAAGUCGUUGAAGCAACAUUAAAGAUGUUCUCUGAAGAAGUUUUGAAGAAUGUGUUUCCACUGCUCGAAGGAGAAGAUCUUGCAUCUUGUAUGGGUGUUUGCAAACAGUGGAGAGACAUAGCAAGCGAUGACUUCUACUGGAAAUGCCAAUGCGCAAAGAAAUGGCCUUCCGUUUGCAAACGCCAAAAGCCUCCCACUGAAACAUACUACAAGAUGUUUCAAACGUUUAGCAAACGGCGGCUAAACCGCACCCUCCCUCCUCCGAGGCUAUCAUUCGAGAACCUCGAGUUCUUCAUCGACAUUUGGACCGAAGAUAAACUUGUCUUCUCGGGAUUGAUACAGGGCCUUGCGCUUGAAACCGGGAUCAAACCCUUACCGUCAGGAAUCAGCAACGUUCUUAGAGCUGACCUCGAGAGACCUGACUACAAGAUGGUUGUUCCCGCUGAGCCAAGGUUCACUAUUCCGGUGAACCACACGGUUAGUGUCUCUAUGCUUGUGGGAAGGAACGAUUCAAAUAAGGUUGCUCGGAUAAUAAACCGGUCUGUGUUUGAGUAUAUCGACCAUUCUUCGUACAGAGCGCUUGCUUUCGAGUAUCUAGACUUGUCUCCUUAUUACCCUUUCGUCUCUGGUAUACGAGCUUGGAUCUCUUUGCUUUUCAUGGAUGUUGAGGAUGUGAAUGAUGGGAUCCUCGACGUUUUUGGGAUUCAGUUGGAUUUCUCUGAUGUUGCUGACACUAAAGAUGAGAUCUUGUGGCUUCUUGAUAUGCUUGAUUGGAAGUGAAAAACAAAGGUUAUGACUCUCUAAUUGCCAUUAUAGCUCUCUCUCAGGUUUGUAACUCUGUAUAAACACAUUUGGUACAGUAGCAGUAAUACUUUUACACCAUCUUUCUUUUUUCUUGGUUUAAGUAUGAUUAUUUUUUAUAUAUCUAAAAAAAAAUUACUUGGCUUUGAUUAA